GAUUGCAGAAUGAGGGUCCUCUGUAUAAGACUGUGGACCAGUCUGUUGUCUUUGUCCAUACAGACCAGGGAGCUGUUUUUUGGUGACCUGUGGGACUCCUUGAUAGCUGUGUAGUUUGUUAGUUGCCGGGUUGGUAUAACUCACAACCUGUGUUCACCAGAACACGGGAGAUAUUAAGCCUUAUGGCCAGCAAAUCCAAAGAGAAGACUUUGGGAAGUCACUAUAAGAUUCUUUCCUAUCUUGGUCAGGGUUCAUUUGGCACUGUAAACUUGGCCUGGCACCUGAAAACGCAGGCUCUGGUUGCCAUAAAAAUGUUAGAGAUCAGCAAGGAGACCAUCAGCUCUAUCCUGUCAGAAAGAGCAAUUUUGGAGACACUGCACCAUCCUAACAUCAUUCGCCUCUUUCAGGUUCUCAUAACAUCAAGCCAUGUAAAUUUUGUACUAGAAUAUGCUCCAGGGGGAAGCUUAUUUGAAUUAAUAAAGGAGGGUGGACCGCUGCAGGAAGAAGUGGCAAAGAAAAUAUUUGGCCAGACAGUGUCAGCUGUGAAAUACUGCCACAACCUUGACAUUGUCCAUCGAGACAUAAAACCACAGAAUAUCCUAACAGAUGCAGAGGGCAAUGGAAAGUUGACAGACUUUGGCCUGGCCACCAAGUUCAGACCUGGCACCUUACUGAAAGAGCUGUGUGGGACCAAGGAAUUUUAUGCCCCAGAACUGGUACUAAGGGAGCCAUAUAAUGGCAAGAAGACAGAUGUGUGGAGUUUGGGUGUGCUGCUCUAUUUCAUCAGCACUGGGUACUGCCCCUUCAGAGGAGUCACCACCAAAGACAUGGAGAAAAAGAUUGCAACGGGGACGUAUACCAUUCCAACUUACUUCUCCGGACAACUUGAAAACCUCAUCCAUCAAAUCCUCACAGUUUCCCCAGAAAUGAGGCCCUCCAUCGAGGACAUUGAGAAACAUCCAUGGGUCAGGAAGUGUGAGGUAAACAUCCCAACCAUCACCUGCCCAGAUUACAAAAUUGUAGAAAUGCUCUGUGGCAUGGGGUAUAAUGCCAACAAGAUCUUGGAAUCCCUUCAAAAGAAAAAAUACGAUGAACCAAUGGCGGCAUAUUUGAUCUUAAAAGACAAGGUACGCCAAGAGAUUGAGCAUGGAACUACCACUUCAGACAUGCCUGUGGAUCAAGGUCCUUUGCCACCCCAAUCACCAGCACAUCACUCUGUCUCUGGUCUUCCCCUAAAGAGGAGAGCCAGUGAACCCAACUUUGGCCUCCUUCACAUCUGGCCCCCAGGAGAGCAGGUGGCCAGACACAAUGUAGCCAGGAGUGUCUCCAUGCCUCCCAUUGCCCUAUACGGUACUAAGAAGCAGAACAGCACUUCUACCAGUGCCCUCCACUCAAGACCUGUGGCUUCCCCAUGUGUCUGCAACACCAUAUUGGAAAUCGAAAUACCCCUGCCAACUAAGCAAGACUUUGAUAUGAAAACAUCAUCUCCCCCUCAGAGGAUUGGGUAUUUCCAGAGACUCUGCCAAAGAAUUAGGGAUUGUCUUUCAAGACUUUGCUGCUUCCUGUGGGCUCCAAAGGUACAUUCUCCAAGAAAGUGGCUUCCCUGAAAGAGGCAGUAAGGCAGAACCAAAUGAAAAGCUUCUCCUCUGCAGAUGGUGGUGCAUGUGAGGCCAGGACAGUCAUGGAUUCCUGAGUACAAGGACAGUGGCUCAUUUUUGCUGAAGAUCACAUCUCAAAUUAACACUGAACUGGAAACACAAAGUAAAAUCCUCCUACCUCAGCCAGGUAUGCAGAAAAGAUGUGAGACUGCUAUGCACAGGGGCAAGUGUCCAGAUGGAAUCUAUAGUGAUGAUCUAUGCCUGGCAGAGGAACAAUGGUCAACUAUCUAAUGGGCCCCCUCAAAGUCUCCCUGCAGCUCAGAAGAACACCAAGGGCCUGAGCUCUGUGAUUCCUGUAUCACUGUGGAGCAUCUGCCAAGAAUGGACACCAGCAUCUCUAGACCAGGGAGAGACUGGUUCCCACACUUUAGUUCUGCACACCCAAACAGUAAAACAGCCGCCUAUCCCUAGUGAAGUACGUACAUAAUGAUACAGGAUUCUCCACACAAACUUGAUUCACAAGAACAGGGCCUCUUUGGCAGCCACCUAAACCAUCUGAAAUCAGGCGAGAAGACGUGAGCAGAAGCCUUUGAUCUCUGUACCUCAAGACCAAAUAACAUUCAUUCUGAUAGGAUACAUGCACUGGUCCUCAUUUAUCUUCAUUCCCCAAUUCCUUCUAUCUCCUAUCUGGAUGUAGACAUUUCCUUCCCAUGCUCUGAUCUGAAUCUUGUUCUGCAAUUCAUGGAACACAUUUGAAAAGUCGAUCUGGACCUCCAUGUCCUCAUUUGUCCAUAUGGACCUUCAGGAUGGACAGUCUCUGGAAGAUCCUGUGCCAGCUGCAGGAUGGGUUGAGCAGCUGUGUUGUCCAUAUCUACGGCAGAAGCACUUGAGCCAAUAGACUAUCUAACAAUGCCAUUCUGCCCCUGACAAUGAUGUGAGGAUUCCCCUGUCUCCAUAUGAACCAAUCUGCCUACCCCAACAUUGUACUAAUGUCACUGUGGAAACCCUAAGGACAAGAGGACUAUGACAGUAGGAAUCUGGAUGCAAAACAACAACAACAACAACAACAACAACAAUAAUAAUAAUAAUAAUAAUAAUAAUAAUAAUUGAGUCACCUUCUAAUGCUGACAAAGAAGUUCAGGCCUCUAAGGAUGUAGACUUUAAGUGUGAGAGAUGAGAGUUACUUCUGGAUCUAACUCAACACCAACACUCAGGAGUCCACCAGGUUAGUAUGGAGGAUGCAUCUGACCAGAAUGGGAGAAUAGUAAGUUCUUCAGGUACACUGAAAGAGCUCUCACUCUGUGUAGGUACACAGAGAACAAAAUAGUCUUGUCUACCUGGACAUCUGGUCUAAAUGAGGAAAACAGCACUCAUGGACUUCUCCGUUUGGGAAAGGGGUUGGAGUAGGAGCAGUAUAUAUAUAUAUAUCCUGUCCACUUGAAAGUCAUGCAGUUUUUUUUUGAGGGAACCUCAGAAUCUUGAAUCACUGUGAAACAUGUCUGCCAGUACCAGAAUCCUUCCUGAGUGGAGAAUUUUACCAGGAUGGAGGAAACCCUGAGCAUUCAUAUAUAUUGAACUCUUGAAGGGCACCCAGUUUGACAGGGAACCUCUAAGGCCUGAAUCACUGUGAAACAUGCUGUCUACAAGAACUAGAACCCUUCCUGAGAAGAUUAUACACUUCCAAAUCAUCAGAGGCCAAAAGUAAUGAUGAAUAAGGUGACAGGUAUUCUGGUGACCUGUCACCCCAUCAAGAGCCCUAUAACCAAUGUAACAUUCAGCAAUGCAGUUCACUCCAGAGCAGCUGUUACUGUUCCAGAAUCCCUGCAGACAGGAAAGCUAAAGAGGCUUCCUCCUCCCUGUUGACUUUGUCUUCUCAGGGAGCUUAAGCAGUUUAGUCCCUACAGAUUUCUCAACCUGCCUGGAAUGCUCUGCUAAUUCUGUGUUCCAGUACUCUUCAACGGUGAGUCAAGAGAAUACCACAGAUGUUUGCAACUCUGAUCCAGUCUAAGAUUCCAGUGCUCACAAGCAAAGAGUGGAAAAAGAUUUCUGUGGCUUCUCCAUUAAUGUUGUCCCAAAUAAAGCUCUGGAGGACUUCAGUGUGGGAGCAUGUACAGUACCUUGACUAGAGUCUGGUGUCUAGGGAAUGAAGUGUGUCCUCAUUAAGACAAGAGGAUACAAGAGGACUGCCAGAUUACAUACAGAACACAUGGUGUCCUGAUAUGGAGCCCAAAGGCUACUGAGAAAUCUAAUGCCUAUAUGAGUGAACCUGAACAUGAACAGUGUAGAUGAAUGUGGUCCCCUUCAGUUCAAGCUGCAAUGUUGUCAUCAUCUCCUGUUCAAGCCUAUGUCCCAGUAAAACUUUGACAAGGCUAUUCUGCCCUUCAAGCUCAUAUGAUGAUUGUCCAUAUGGGAGACCUGGCCUUGCAAGUUGCUUCUGUCACUGAGGAGACAGAAAGCAGAGGAGGAAUUUAACAGUGGAGGCUGUAUGCAAAAGUGAUGUGGAGCCCAGCUGUACCUGGAAGCUACAUGGUGCAACCCCUGAGCCACUCUUCAGACCUUCAUUCUACUCUGGUGUCUUCUAGUGACAGCCCUGCUAGCCAAUGACAACAACUUCUUCCUGACUCUUCCCCAACCUUGCUUCCCAGUGUUGAGACUUGAAGAGCACAGAGGAGGGCCUCUGUAGAUCAGUCAGUGGGUUUGGACCAUCAACUGCUACCACUGUUUUUAUUUGGGAUUAUGUUCUAAUUGUGGGAUGUCUGACAGAGCUAGGCUCCCAGUUUUUGCUAUGGAACCUGUUCUUCACUUCUUGGACUGUGCCUGCUCUAGUCCUCUUUUACCAUCAUGAAAGCCAUUAUUCCCUUCACAGUCCUGACAUUAUUCUUACAUACAAGGAGUAAGUAUGUAGAUUCACUCUGAGAUGUGACCACAGCUUCUAAACUGUCUAUGUGAAGUAGUUUGAUCUGCUCUUUUGUCAGUUGCUAUUCAGUAAGCAUUGUGAUGUGCAAGGCUCUCAGUAGGUGCCAGAUGCCAGGAUUAUUAGUGUGAUGAACAAGCUGUGCCCAAGGAGCUGAUGCAGUUUCCAGAGUACAGGACAUCCAGGAAGACAGAGGUGGUGAGGUAAGUCCACAUGGAAAUGGGUAAAAACAGUAAUAAAACUGUUAGUUCCCAUCCUCAUAAAGAUUGUUGGGAAACACUGUGUCUGAGAAAACAGCUCUGUAGAACUGAACCUGGAGAGAAAGAAGGCAUGAGACAGAGGGCCAUGUGACAGGCAGUCACCAUAAAUGACUGGGUCUGUUAAGUAUCUGUGAUACUGUGAUAGCUAUUUAUGGACACCCUAAAGAAAAUGUAUUGUAAUUUAUCACUUGGUGAAAUGGUGUUCUCCACGCAGAGCACAGGCCCUGGGAGUGUUGGGUAUUGCUACAUGUCAAAGGCCUGAAGUGUCCACUGCUCUUGUGCUGGUGGUGGGAUUGUCAGAAGAUGAGGAGGCCAUCCUGACAGAGGGACAAACAAACAACAGCCCAUGUUGCUGCACAUGGCUAACCAUCGUUGAUUUUGCAUGUCAGUUUCUAAGCCGGUAAGGAGUGCAGAUAAAAACUGUCACCAGAGGUAAUCCUGAACCUUGGUUGUACACCAGCACUGUAGUUGGCUUUAUCUCCCAUGCAGACACUCAGUCUCCCUCAGCACACCCUCUUACUGUCCAGGAAUUUUCUUAAGUAUAGAAAUAACACACUGGGAUGUUACAGGUCAAAUGAGCUAGCUAAUUCCUCUGUGCUCUGACCUUCUGUCACUCUCCUCUUUUUAGAUAUAACCAGCUAUUAUUCUGAUAUACAAUAAAGCAGUCGAGGAUCAUGAGGCUUUCCUGACUGAAGCAACACAGGCUGGAGCCAAACUCCCAAGGCUGUGACCAAAGUCCUUCCCUGUUUUUUUACUGCUGAGGACAGUCUGAACUGAAAGUCUGGACCUGAUCUCUCCAUGAAGGCAAAACCUCUUGAACUCUCAUUUUGAAGUGCAGUUGUAGCUAAUGCUGCUUCUGAUUCAAAAAUCUAGUUCAAUAUGUGAAAAUAUACACUUUUCAACCUCCAACCUGGAACAUUCUGUCUCAGAGAGGACCUUGUUUAUACUUCAAAGGAAAGACAAGAUCCUGGUGCUUUCCCACAAGAAGUUGCUCAAUGUGGCUACCAGGCAGGCCAAACAUAAGCCUCUGUCUGCAGACAGGAGGGCACCAACAAUGUGUCAAGCAACCUCAUCUGGAUCAUCACAAGCAUCUGUAGUGUGGAUAUCUGGUCAACAUGGUGAAGAACCUGAAGGACCUGAGGCUGUGCCAGUACAUGCUGGAGAAGUACUUGACUGGACUCGGGAGUAGCGGCCUAGGCAUUGGCCCACAGAAGUGCUGUUCUGCUUCCUUGGAUGCCAGUCACAACAACUCGAUCUUCUCUGUCCAACGGAGUUGUCUUGGUUAUGCCUAUUCUAGAGUGCUGCACUCAGUGACGAAGUUGGAGCAAGUGUCAAAAGAGUGAAGACCAAGCUCUGACUAUUACAGAGAGUUUGAGAUAGACAACUGAUACUUGGAAAAACACUUGACUUCUCAGUGGGACCUCCAUCUACUAUAAAUAACCAACAACCUGUUCAAGGAUCAAUGUGCUUCUGACCUGAGGAAAACAAGGUAGAAGGAAGUCCGCAGAAGGAAAUGGGUCUGAUGUCUACCACCUUAAUACUUCCAAUUCUGUCUUCUAGGCAUCACUAACAAAUCUAUACAGUCUUACCUCCCAGAAGAUGAGUGAAAGUGUUACAGUUAGGAUGACUGUUGACAUGAGGCACUCAGAGGUUCUCCACAAAUCUGAAGGACAAGAUUGAGAUUGCCAUUCAUAUGGUCUUUCCAUAGUCUUCCCUUAGAAUCAGAAUUGAAAAUCACUGCGGACCUCAUCUAUUAGUUGCAGCUUCUUGAUACUGAAGAGAUUGUUCUACCUGAUGAGCUCAGGACUAGAAGAUGGACAGCAUCCAAGAAGCCUGGCCCAUCUAAGGCCAAGUCACAUCUUCAUGAAAUAUUGAAAAGCAUUUGUGCAUAGGAGAAAAAUGUAAUCGCCAAGAUCUCAUCAGGCAUUCUAGCCUACUGAGAGUCUGAUAGACUCAGGUCAGAGGUUACCUCUGAUUCCUAGAAGUGGAAGAAGGUACCAUUCCACAGAAGAAGCCUGUUGCUGAUGCUGUUGCAACCAGGACUAUGAUUGUGAAACUUGUGUCUCUGUGGAUAUCAGGUUCAGGAGUCUUGUGCCCAGGUAUCUACAUUCCUCCUCUCAUACUUCAUUGGAUAGAACUUUACAAGCCCUAUAAUUGGGAGUGUCAUGUGCAGAUGGUAUUACACUUGACACAUAGUAUAAAAAAAGAUUUGUACCCAUUUAAGGGGCUGGAAAUAGGCUGGACCCAUAGUUGUACUCUGUGGCUAUUGACCCUUUUCAAACUUGUUUGACUAGGAACAAAGCUGAGAACCUGAUAUUUCCAAGAUUCAUCCUUACAAAAUUCAGAAACCCAUAGCUCAAAACAGUACAGAUACCACUCAGAAAUGAAUCCAAGAACAAGAUGUCUGACACGAGAAUUUUACAGAUUAAUUUGUAGGUCCAGGACUCAGCAACACUAAACCUACAGAGAAUCAUUCAGGGAUUCCACUGUUAGAAUUCAGGAGCUGCCAUUGACAGAAAUGACCCACGGGAGACUCUUAUUGCCAUAUCAUUGCCUCUGUGACCCACAGUGCUGUGACUGCCAUGCUCUCUGUCAAACUCCAUAGGAGGUCACCAUUAGUAGAAUACUAGUGCAGGGCAGCAGAGCAGUACAGUGGCCCUAGGCUGGUGUUGUGGGUGGUUCCAGGAGAUACUGACAUCACACCACCCUCUACAUCUAGAAUGAAAGGAAGAGGAACACGGGAGGGAGUGUGUGAUUGUAUUCAUGGCCCAAAGCUGCCUAGGUGUCAGCUACCAGUCUGGAAGAGCCCAUCUGCCUCUGUAUGGAGGAUUCAGGUCAGGAAUGUGACCGGGAACACAGGAUUCAGUGCUCGCAAGAGGAAAGUCCUUUACGUGACAUCUUGAACUAUGACACAACAAAGAUGGGAUAGCUUGGCCUUAUUGGGACUGGCACAUAUUGGGGCUGGCAUAGAGGGAUUCUCUAGAAUGUACAGGAUUGUUUGAGUACACAGGAGGGUUGACAAGUCAGCAGAAGAGUAGGACACACACUGAGGUCAAGUGCCAGGUAGCAUGAGCUAUGUAGCCACACAGCUGGACAGAUGGGCUUUCUUGCUCUAACUGAAGCAGAACCAAAGCAGGACCUGCCUGAGCCUCCAUCUGUACCUUGGUUCCAGUCGUUUCUCUCUCUUGCAAAUCACAAGCAUUAUGAAGCACUACUCUUGGCUGCCAGCAUCACAUGGGCUUUGUUCAUGUUACAGACAGGACAUACAAUAAUCAGUUUUCCUCCUACCUGUAACCAUCCAGAAGCUUAAGGUAGAGCAUGGUCACCUGAAAAGAGGGCUGGAAAUUCAAAAGGCAUACGGUGAGAGAAACAUGGAGCCAAGACAGUGUACAACCAUUCUGGAAAUCAGUCUGCAGGUUCCUCAGAAAAUUGGACAUUGCACUACCUGAGGACCCAGAUAUACUUCUCUUGGGCAUAUACCCAAAAGAUGCUCCAACAUACAACAAAGACACAUGCUCCACUAUGUUCACACCAGCCUUAUUUAUAAUAGCCAGAAACUGGAAAGAUCUCAGAUGCCUUUCAACAGAGGAAUGGAUACAGAAAAUGUAGUACAUCUACACAAUGGAAUACUACGCAGCUAUCAAAAACAAUGACUUUAUGAAAUUCAUAGGCAAAUGGAUGAAAGUAGAAAAUAUCAUCCUAAGUGAGAUAACCCAAUCACAGAGAAACACACAUGGUAUGCACUCAUUGAUAAGUAGAUAUUAGCCCAAAUGCUCAAAUUACCCAAGAUGCACAGAACACAUGAAACUCAAGAAGGAUGACCAAAAUGCAGAUACUUCACUCCUUCUUUAAAAGGAGAAUAAGAAUACCCAUAGGAGGGGAUAAGGAGGCAAUGUUUAGAACAGAGACUGAAGGAAUGCCCAUUCAGAGCCUGCCCCAUAUGUGGCCCAUACGUAUACAGCCACCAAACUAGAUAAGAUGGAUGAAGCAAAGAAGUGCAGGCCAACAGGAACUGGAUGUAGAUCUCUCCUGAGAGACACGGCCAGAAUACAGCAAAUACAUAGGCGAAUGCCAUCAUUAAAUCACUGAACUGAGAAUGGGACCCUGGUUGAAGGAAUCAGAGAAAGAACUGAAAGAGCUGAAGGUGCUUUAGACCCCAUAUGAACAACAAGGCCAACCAACCAGAGCUUCCAAGGACUAAGCCACUACCCAAAGACUAUACAUGGACUGACCCUGGGCUCCAACCUCAUAGGUAGCAAUGAAUAGCCUAGUCGGGGCACUAGUGGAAGGGGAAGUCCAUGGUCCUGUCAAGACUGGAUCCCUAGUGAAUGGGAUUUUUGUGGGGAGGGUGAUAAUGGGGGGGUG